CCUUCCCAGGUGGCACCAUUCGAAAUCAUACUUCACCAACGCCACCUCACUUUACAAUAACAUGGGUCUAGUUGAUUAUUCAGACUCCGAAUCUUCGGACAAUGAGCAGGUCUCAGAGUCGAAGAAGCCCACCAAGGGAUCAUUUCAAAAGGUGGUCGAUCGUUCAAACCCAGGAAAGAUAAAGGUAUCCUUACCUACAACGGCAGCGCCAACCAACGAUGAGCCGCCUGCGAAGCGCGCGAAGACAAGCGGAGGGACAUUCGGCGGCUUCAACUCCUUUCUGCCUGCCCCAAAGAAGACGGGGGCGGCUGCUCCAGAGACCUUGGGGGGUGGCGCAACGGGGAAUGGAAGAGGUGGCGGAUUAGGCUCCGGGGUCAGCUUGAAGACUGGAGCGGCGCCAGCAUUCAGUCGAGAUCCGAAGCCUGUCUACGACGGCGGAGAUAAUUACGAUGGUCGUGAAGAGGCAAAGGGUGGAGACAGCAGCAUGGGUCUACCGCCACCAACGUUGGCGCAAACACCUGCAGCAGAAGUGAAAUUGGUGGGGAAGCCGUUGAUGUUCAAACCUCUAUCGGUGGCUAGGAAACCACAAAAGAAGAAGAAGCCAGUCAUCAUACAUAAAACAGCAGAAGAGCCAGCUUCACAAGGGCCGUCGUCCACAACUUCAGAGGCACCGAAGGCACCACCGCCGAAAGUCUCGCUUUUCGCUGUGCCCCAGAAUACAGAUGACGAUAUUGCUCCUGAGCGAAAGGGAGAGUACCAGCCAAUGUUAUACGGUGCAAAACCCGAAGAAGAAGAAGAGCCUGAAGUCGUCAAAAACCCAUACUACGAAGAUCAAUACAACGACGCUGAAUCUCAUCACACCGUCCCGCCACUUGCUGCCAGGGCUGCUCCAGCAUCUACGACCUCCAACUCCCUCGACAGUAUUGCCUCUGAUCUGCAACUGUCAGCCUCAGAACGACGCCAACUCUUUGGGCGGCAAGGCGCGCGAAAUCUCACUGGCAGCAAAGUUAUAAACUUCAACACAGACGAGGAGUACCGCAAUAAUGAGGAAUUGCGCUCCGCUGGCGAGCAGGCGGUGCACAAUCCUGUCCGCUCCAUCGCACCAGGCAAGCACAGCCUCAAGCAGCUUCUUAAUGCGACCGUGAGCCAGAAAGAAGCAUUGGAGGAGAGCUUUGCAAAGGGGUAUGCGAACCGGAAAGAGGCAAGUGGGAGGUAUGGGUGGUAGGCGUCUGGCCAAAGAAUCUGCCAUAUUAGGAAGAUGUACGAAUUGAAUGGACAUAAUGAUACCCUUAUUUACUCUGAAUGGCCCCUUUUAUGCAUCAUGUGAUGGUACCACCAGCUCACGCUCAUAUAAUACUACGUUAUAUCGUAUAUUCACGUCUCACUUCGUCAAGGCUGCGAGCAACCCAUGGUACAAUCCCCUCGAUGCUCUCGGUAUCAGAACCUGAGAUACAAUAUGCACCAGUGCGACGUAAGCUUCUGACGUGCCCUAUUUGCAUCUCCCCACGUUCUUCUCGCCAGAGACAUUUCUCACCAAAGACUCUUCUCGUCGAGGACUCUUCUCACCGAAGGCACUUCUCUCACCAGAGGCACAUCACACCGAAAGCUCUUUUUUCAGUCAGAAAAGGCACUUCUUGCCGAAGGCACUCCUGUCUUGUAAUACCUCGUUCAAGGUUCUGUUCGUACCCUGGUAAUACCGUGAUUGAACCAAGUCUGACCGCGGUCAACCAUGUAAUUAACCACGCAGCAUAGUGCUGCCGUGCUUGUGGGGUCCCUCCCUCUUCCAUAACGCACUGGAAGAAAAUGUUUAUUUUGACGUUCGUCAGAUUGUUCUUUUGAAGCGAGCUUUAAUAUGCUCGGCCUCCUUGAUUGAGCAAGGAUUCAGGGUGAUAUCAUGAUAUGGGCGGGCACGUAUGGCUGCACGCGUGGUGGAUACCAGUAUAAGUACUCUCAUUUCCUAGUAUGGCAUGGCUGCAAUGGCACUCUAUGUCUUGGGCUUCACUGUGCGAAACCUGAACCUGCCCAUUCCGCCACUUGUGGGUUGGAUGGAGAUUU